UCUGUAACUUAGACUCCACUGUGCCUCGUAGUGUGCGCAAAUUCAUAAACCCCACUGCAGAGUGGUGGUUUCUGAAUCCUGAGACUUGAAGCCAGGCGGGAAGACCCUUCACAUCCUUAGCAGAAGAUGACAGCCCACCAAGAGUUAACUACUGUUUACAUGGAACUCAGAAAUCUUCUGCAAAUUCUGGUGUUUCUGGUGCAGCAACUUUCCUGCUUUGGACUAAGAGAGUUAUAGAGUGUAUAUUCAAAAUGUCAAUACAGAAAAGGACUUUAAAGAAUUUGCUAAUCCAACCCUUUUUGUUUUUAUAUAUGAGGAAAUCGAGGAUAAGAGGGGCAAAGAGAUUGGCUACAGAUCACAGCAAGUUGGGGCAGAGUUAGAAUUCGGCCCUACAUCUGCUGACUUGGGGUCUGGGCUCUUUGCAUCACCCUAAGGAGGUGAUAUUUUUAGCAGCGUGGCAAUGUGAUUAUCAUUCUUGAUGAACAGAUUUACCAUUCAGGGUUGAAACACCCAGAGGUUAGGUGGCUUUUAUUUGGUGGAUUUCCUGCAAGUGAGGGAGUGUGAUAUUUGUUUAUCUUCAGACUUGGUAGGACUUAAUGUUUUGUUCUUUGUUACUCAAGAUGACAUUUAAUGUGAUUUCAGGAAGUGGGUAAAAUUGCAAUGUAAGGCAUGGUUUCCUUGGAGACCUCAUAUGUCCUUUCGUUGGCCUUCCUUCCUCUUCUUGUCCUCCCUUUCGCCCAUCUGGGCACCCACCCAAUUUUUUCUUCCAUGUAAUUCAACAAACAUGUUUUCGGAUUCUGUUAUUUGUCAGGCCCUAAGUGGGUAAAAGGUGAAAGAUGUGGUCACUGCCACCAGGAAAAAGAUCUAUUUAGAGUAAUAAGGAGACUCCACUGAGAUUCAAGAUGGACAGUGAUAAGUUGCCUAAAAGAAAUGACAUCAGAAUGCUACAGAGGUGCUGAAGGAGAGGUUUAUUCUAGCUGGCAAAACUUUAUGGAGGAGGUGGCAUUCAAACUGAAUGAUAGAUUUCAAGGCCAGAGGAUGGCAGGUGAACAGAAACCCUCAAGUAACCUCCUGGAACAAUUUAUUUUACUAGCCAAAGGUACCAGUGGCUCAGCCCUCACUGCUCUCAUAAGCCAGGUGUUGGAGGCUCCUGGAGUAUAUGUUUUUGGAGAACUGCUAGAGCUGUCUAAUGUGCAGGAGCUUGCAGAAGGAGCUAAUGCUGCUUAUUUGCAGUUGCUGAACCUGUUUGCCUAUGGAACAUACCCAGAUUACCUAGCAGCCAACAAGGAGAGCCUGCCAGAACUGAGCAUAGCUCAGCAGAACAAGCUGAAACAUCUUACCAUCGUGAGCUUGGCAUCAAGAAUGAAGUGUAUCCCCUACUCCGUGCUGCUGAAGGACCUGGAGAUGCGGAAUCUCCGGGAACUAGAAGACCUCAUCAUUGAGGCUGUCUACACUGACAUCAUCCAGGGCAAGCUGGACCAGAGAAACCAGCUGCUAGAAGUGGAUUUCUGCAUUGGCCGUGACAUCCGAAAGAAGGAUAUCAAUAAUAUUGUCAAGACCUUGCAUGAAUGGUGUGAUGGCUGUGAAGCAGUUCUGUUGGGCAUCGAGCAGCAAGUUCUGAGAGCCAACCAGUACAAAGAGAACCACAACCGAACUCAACAGCAGGUAGAGGCAGAGGUUACCAACAUCAAGAAGACACUCAAAGCCACGGCAUCUUCUUCGGCUCAGGAGAUGGAGCAGCAGCUGGCUGAACGGGAGUGUCCUCCUCAUGCUGAACAGAGGCAGCCUACCAAGAAGAUGUCCAAAGUGAAAGGUCUGGUCUCCAGCCGCCACUAGGGCCGGCUGGGGCAGCUGGCACUCACCAGGCCUGGGUCAGGUGGGGAGGGGACACCAAGGGCCUAUUUCCUCCCCUCUCUACCUACAGUGAGUUCCAGACCUGCCCACCCCCUCACCAGCGCCUCCCCACCCUGUUGGUACUGUUCCAGAAAAACUGUUACUCCUCUUCCUUACCAACUUCCUCCUUCCCCAGUUGUUCCCUUCAGACUCAGGGGCUUCACUGAUGCCAUCCUAACAGGGUCAGACACUGCCCAGCUUCCCUUCACGAGGUUCUUGUCUCUGUGUAAGGGCUUGUCUCCCUCCCAGUUUUUCUUUUGCUCCACGUCAUUUUGUCAGGCUGGUCCAUAAGCCAGAGGCAGCUUUAAUUGGCCCCCAGAGAUGACUGUGGAGGAGACCCCUCCGUAAGUGAGGGGGGAGUGUUCCUUCUCCAGCCCCGUGUAUCCAGUGGUGCAGGCCAUCUCUCGCCAGGUAUCAAAAUGCUUCAUUUUCCCUCUCCUGCCUUAUCCCUUGUUGGCAGCUCCAAUUCAGGCCAUGGAGGGAUGUGAUGCUGGGCUAUGUUUACUAAACCUGCGGGUUUUCAGCCUCUUAAGCCCAGCUCUGAUCUCUCAUUAGUUGGGAGCAGUGGGUCGAUUAACUAGCAUCUGAGCAGAAUGGAGGGUGCUGUGGGUCUGCUGGGUGGCAGAAGUUGUUUCCUACAGCUGGGCUCUCUGCUGGCUGCUCUUCCUGCUGCCUCUGACGACUCAGCCUUGUUUUUGGUGUGUAGGCCCCAGCUGCCCACUGGGGCUAUCUGCCAACACUGCUCUCCUGAGACCUUUAAUUCCUCCUGGCUACACCUGAAGUGGCGACGGUGGUGCCGAGGAUGCCCUCUGGUGAAGGACCUGUUGCUGCUUCUGUCUCUGUCUUUCCACCCCUCCUUGGCUGAUGCCCCAGAGCCCUGAUGAUGGCAUUCUCCUGGCAAGAGAAAAGGACUUAACUAGAUUUUCUGAACUUGAACAGUUUCAGGUUAUAUUUUAAUUUUUUUUUUGUACAGGUUCUGAUUCUAAUACAUUUCAACAUGCUUUUUCCCCCC